AUGCUCUCCUCAUCAGCCCCCAACUCUCUCUACCUGAGUCUCUUCCUCUUUCUGUCGUACCACUCCCCUGUUCUCUCCUGGCAGGUUGGGAAUCGCAAUCAGUGUAUCUCUGCUCCCUUCGUACCAGGCUACAACCUGGUGGGGGAGGGAUUUGAUAUGGUCACCCUGCGUCGAAAGGGGUCAUAUGUGGUGGAUGUGAUGACCUAUCUCACCCCUAAUGACACCUGCAAACUCUACUCCAGCCCUUCUCUUGGCAAACGACUGCGCAAAAUGCCAGUCUCUGCAGUCGACUGGCGUUCAUACAGCCAAUCUCAUAAACUUUUAUAUUUUGUUCUUUUUUUUUUUUUUUAUCAGGUUGGCCUAAAUUUAGAUUCAUUUUACUUCAGUGGGGGGGUGGAAGGAAAACACUCCAAUAUUUACAACUUUGCCAAACAAAGAAGCAGUGAGGAUCGCUUCAGCUUCAGCACCCAAAGACUCUCCUGCAGUCACUAUAGUUAUCGGGUGUCAAAAAAACCUCCCCUCAGUUCAGAGUUCAGUAAGGAUUUGGCCGAUUUGCCAAGUUCCUACAACUCUUAUACCAAAGAUGAGUACAACCAGCUCAUAGCGAUCUACGGCACACACUACAUACGUCAGGUUUACCUUGGGGGUCGACUCAGGCGAAUCACAGCUGCACGAAUAUGUUUGUCCAGAUUGAACGGAUUCACUGAAGAUGAGGUUCACUCCUGUUUAUCACUCGGUUUCUCUGUCGGUCUGGGGAAGUUGGCAAGUUCCAGCCUCGGGUCUUGUACCUCAGUCGUGCAGAAUCGGGGUAGAUCAGUCGCCUUCGGCGGUGGUCUCCACCAACACUACACAGAGGUGGAAGGUGGCUCUGGUUGGUUGGGGGAGUUUUCACUCACCCACGAAGACUCCAGCGGCUUCCACAACUGGAUGAGUAGCCUGAAAGAUCACCCAGGUGUCGUUUCAUACUCCCUUCGGCCAUUAUAUGAGCUGAUAUCAAGUGAGAGCCGAAAGGCAGGGAUGAAGGCUGCUAUUGAGCAGUACUUAAAGGACAAUGUAGUGAGAGACUCACGGAGAACACCGUCUUGUGGGUACAGUCCUAACUUGUCUUUCAACUGCUGUCCCUUGGCGACCCGCAAGGGGACCCUGAAAGUGACCAUGAACCGAGCCUGGGGUCUGGCAGGAGAUCAUCUUGGCCCGACUGACAGCUAUGCUAAGAUCAAGUAUGGUUCCAUCAGGCGCACGACUCGUAUGAUUGAGUCAAACUACCCCCGGUGGGACUCUUACUUUAAUCUGGGCACGGUGGACACAAACCAUGAUUUGUUGGUGGAGGUCUGGGACGAGGAUUUGUACUAUGAUGACCUCCUGUUAAAGUGUUACCUACCCGUGGAAAGUGGGUCACAUACAUGGACCUGCUCCAACAGCAAAUCUGGCUAUGAGGUCGAGUUCACGCUCACCUGUGACCGUCAUCUGACUGGAGAGAAAUGUGAGCGCUAUAAACCAUCUCCAUAG